CCUGGCGGCGUUAGGCCGCUGCCGGGCGAUGACGGCGCUGGAGCUUGGCCCGGUCCCGACCGCAGAUCCGGCUGUGGUGGCCGCGCUGCAGAGCAGAGCAGAGCGGCGCAGGGCCUCCGUAGCGCCUUGCGCCGUUGGGAGUAAGGGUGCUGCUGGAGCUGGCCGGAGGUAGCUUUGCCCAGGAGAGCGGCUCCGUUUUGCUCAUGGCUGAGUGAAGAGAAGUGCUGUCGCACAAGUGGAGGAAACCACUGGUGAAUCUUAAUGCCCAGGUUCUCUGCUUUGGGUCUCUUUUUUAAGGUAGAUGACCAUCCUUAUUUUGCUUAGAGCUCAGAGAUGGAUUCAUCAGAAAGAUCAACAAUUAGAAGUGAACAAAAAUCCAGAAAAUUCUUAAAAAGUCUAAUAAGAAGGCAGCCUCGAGACCUUCUUCUGGUAAUUGGAACUGGAGUAAGUGCUGCAGUAGCACCAGGAAUCCCAGCACUGUGCUCCUGGAGGAGCUGCAUUGAGGCUGUCAUUGAAGCAGCUGAACAGCUGGAGGUGCUUCAUCCAGGGGAUGUUGCUGAGUUUCGUAAAAAAGUGAUCAAAGAUAGAGACCUGCUUGUAGUUGCACAUGAUCUCAUCAGGAAAAUGUCACCACGUACUGGUGAUACCAAGCCCAACUUCUUCCAGGAUUGCUUAAUGGAGGUGUUUGAUAACUUAGAGCAACAUAUUCAGAAUCCUGUUGUUCUGCAGUCAAUUCUAAGACUAAUGGAGAGAGGCACAAUGGUCCUGACUACAAACUAUGAUAAUUUACUUGAAAUAUUUGGUCAGCAACAGAGUAAACCUAUGGAAUCUUUAGACUUGAAAGAUAAGGAUAAGGUUCUUCAGUGGGCGAGAGGCUGUAUAAAAUAUGGAGUUCUGCAUAUUCAUGGCUUGUAUACAGAUCCUUGUGGAAUGGUCCUAGAUCCUUCAGGAUAUAAAGAUGUUACUCAAGAUCCUGAAGUAAUGGAAGUUCUUCAAAAUCUGUAUCGAACGAAAUCAUUUCUAUUUUUGGGCUGUGGAGAGACUCUGCGUGAUCAGAUAUUCCAAGCUCUUUUUCUUUAUACGGUAAAGAAUAAGGUGGAUUUAGGACAUUAUAUGUUGGUGCUUAAAGAAAAUGAAGACCACUUUUUUAAGUUCCAAGCAGAUAUGCUUCUGCAUGGAAUAAAAGUAGUGUCUUAUGGGGACAGCUUUAACCAAUUUCCAGAGUACGUACAAGACCUGACUGCUCAAAUCUGCAAGCAGAGAAGCCCAGAUGCUGACCAAGUGGACAGCACAACACUGUUGGGAACUUCAUGUGUGGACUGUGCUAAAAGGAAGUUAGGAGAAAAUGGCAUUGAUCCUCCUAAGAGAAUCAAGCAGUGAGAUAAUGGUAUACCCACUAUUCAAUGAAAAAGCAAAAACUUUUUGAAAGCAGAUGUUUUAUAUGAGCGUGGAAAGUUUUGAGCUAUUUCCAUGUCAAAGUGGAUUUAAAAUUGCUUAUCUUACAUCCUUAGAAAAGAAAAUGCUAAAUGGGGAAUGCAUGUCAAGUUUGAGAGGCACACUGGUUAUUCUCCAUGCAGUUCCAAACUACUCUGUGUAGUACUAAAGCUGUAUGUGCUGGGUCAUUUAGAAGCAGAUGCAAGUUUUAUCUGGCUGUGCUUGUUCAAGCCCACUGGAGGUCUUGAGACUGUUGAAAUUUAACACUGAGCUUGUAUCAAGGUUUGAGUAGAGUGCUGUGAAGUCACAACACAGAUACUUGAAUCUGCCUAAAAAAUUACUGUUGGUAUACCUGAAAUUAUCUGUUAGUGGCCUUUAAAACGAGUUUUUUUCUAGUUCAUCAGCUGAAUCUCUGCUGUACUGCAUUUAGGCAGCUGAAAGAAGCUGAAAUCUUCAGGGGUCUGUCAGCACAAGCUGUUUGCAAGAUUCAGAUCUAGAACUGCAGGCUGUUAGGAAUUGCUUUUCUAUGUUUAUAGAGCCCACAUCACAAUAACAUGCUUGUCUUUAUGCUUGUAGCAAGAGUAUUCAUUUUCAUGUUUGUUUUUAAACAUGAGAUCACAUGGCGGAGAAAAGGAUAUAAUAGAAGAAUACCAACAAAGACAGACAUCCAGUAUAUGCAUUGGGACUUACUGACCUAUUUGCUGUGUAUUUGUAUGAAAAUAUCCUAGUGUUUGAACUGUAGAAUAGGCUGUCAAAAUCCGAGAGAGCAGAUACAGAAUAGCUUUAAUACAGCAGAAUUAGGUUAGUAUCUCAUUAUGUAUCUGUAUACAGUGUUCAAGUUUGACUUUAGUGGAACUGCUCAAAUGGUUAGUUAGGCACUCUUAAGUAUCUCUCCAAGGUAGUUACAUCACCUAGCAUUGAGCUGUCUCAGCACUACCCUACCAGACUUGCUUCAGUUACUAAUGCCAACACCUGAGAUCCUCUGAAGUCUCUCACCAUAGUGUCCACAGGAGAGCAUGUCCAGGGCCCUUCUUGUUCUGAUGCUGGCAUGUUUUUAUCUGGAGGUUGUGGAGGCUGCCCUGGUCAGGUUUCUCUUAGGUCCAUCUCUUACGGACUUGACCUGGGAACACACUGAUUAAAAGAGGUUUUGCAUGGAGGAUGAGCUAGAGCUGUCAGAUGACCUUUCUGUCAGACUUGUAGCUGCUGUGCUAACUCUUCACUCUCAUGUCACUGAUGGAAUUUCUGCUUGUUCUCUAGUUGUAUGCAUGCAAGCAAAAUGAUAUACUUGAAGAUGAAGUGAAGGCUUCUUUCCGGACUGAUUACUACAGAGAUGUUAUAUUUCUUUGUGAUGUGAGAAGUCUUUGUCCCUGUUCUGAAGUAGGCAAAGUUCUGAAGAUACUUUGCCUGGCUAAGCAAUCUAAACAGUGUGUGUGCGCUGGCUCUUUAUCUCAGAAGAAAAUACACCUGUUGUCUUUCAGGAUCUACAGUCUAUAUUUUGGCUUUAGUGUAUGAUAGAACUGCUGAGGAGCUCAGUGUAGGUCUUGAAGGUUAGGCUGUGUUUUAUGAAGUUAAAAAGCAAAAGCAUAAUGAAAAUAAACAUAGGCAUACUCAAACCCUCUUGCCACAGAUCACCUUUAAAGAUUGUCUUGUAGCAUUAAGUACAGCAUCAUCUGCAAGAUUCUAGCCUGUAAAAUUUGCUUGGUUAUUUUAAUAAGUGUUAAGUUAAGCUGCCGGUCUUGAUGCUGAUGAAACUUAGAAAAUGUAAACUGACAUAAACUGCAACUCAGUUUGUCUGAUGAAUUUUGCUAUUACACUUUUAAGACCCUGAUUAUUGCCAUUAUUUGGCUCCUUCCCUAAAGUCAGGUAAUAUUUUGUGCCUGGAAUCAGACUACGUUAGUCUGGCAAGGAAUCGUCCUUGCCUUCUGGUCCUUAUGAUCAGCUUAUACCUAGCACUGGAGGUUCUUCACUUUUGUAAACACUGCUGAAUUACAACUUGUACAGUAGUCUUUUCUAACUGAAGUGCCAUGUAUUUGCACUCUGAAAAGCAGAUGAGCAUCAGUUUAUUUUGGUUCAUAACAUGUGCAUUAAGGAGUAUACAGAAAUUCCUCAGUGUCUCCCCCUACCUGCCAAUCAAGGAACUGUUACCAUCUACAUACAAUUCAGCCAUCUUAAGAACAGCAUAGCCUUGCAGCUACCUCAGGGAUUAAAAUAUAAUCAAAAGGGACAAAAUCUCAAAUUUGGCUCUUCCAUUUGAUUCAUGUUAAAAGUAACUUGUUUAAGGCUCGAUCCCAAUUACUACCUGAAUAAGGUGAAAGAAUUAACCAUACAGCUAGAGGUAUAAAAGUGAUGUUUGCUGGUUCUACUGUAGAUUUUUUAAUAUAUUUUAAUUCAUAAUUAUUUUUAAAUAGGAGUAAGAUAUUGACUGAAAACAAUCCUGUUGACCAUUACCAUAUUUUGCUCCAACUGUGAAAAGAAGUUGAUGGGGGUACCUUUGAUAAUACAAUUUUAAUAAAAGAUUUAAAUCUAAGCAAGCCAUUCUUGCAUACCAGUUAAUAUAUGUAUCUUACCUUUCUUUACAGACUGUUUUUUACAGUAUUUUUCUGUUUCAAAUGGGCAUUUUUAUAAAUGGCUUAAAACCAAAACAAAAAUAGAACUAUACUCACAGUACACGGGCUGGCAUGGAUCAAGAUUUCUGUGGAAAACAUUAGAGGCUGCCCUUCUAUUCAUCCACUACACUAAUACACACAUUUUCACCUCUGCCAGUGGAUUUGAGAUAGGGGACUGAUACUAAAUGGUGAUGAACACUGAGAAUAAAUAAUUUUAUUUAAGGAAGUGUAACAGCAACAUUAGUAUUUAAUAAGCAUUCAUCUGUUAAGUGGAUACAUGUUACUGACAUACAAAACAUAUGAACAGUAGAUAAAGUAUUCCCAUAGGAACAUGUAACAUAUGUCAUUCCUUGCUUAUGUAGUAGCACCAUGUCCUGUAUUGUUCAGUUGUGCACAGCAAGCACAAUAUAGCAUAGAAGUCUAGUGGCCUAAAGCAAGCUAGUAUGUGAACAUAUAAUGUAAUUAUUUAAACAAACAUGAAAUAAGCAAAAAAAAUCCCACACACUUUAACAUACACUAAAGUGAAACACAGGCCAGAUUAAGAAUGAUGUUUGAGAGCGCUAGAAUCACUUAACCAGCUUCAUUACCUUUGCUUCCUCUAGCGCAGCUACAAAAAAAAAAAACCCUCACUGUACUGGAACAGCUGUGGUAAAACAAUCUCAACUGCAAACUAAUACAUAUAUAUAUAUAUAUUUUGAGAUUGCUAAUUGUAUGGCAUCUGAGUUGCACUUGUUCUGCUCUUCCCACUUUUAUGUGGGGUACAACACCUUAAAGGUGGAAUUCUUCCAGGUUAUAUCACUCUUAUGGAGAAGCAGUAUGAGCUUUAGUAAAAUUAGUAUUUUCUUACAGUUGUAGUGGACUAAAAUCUCACUAGACAUCACUAAGUCAGGUGAGACAAUUGCUAGAUUACAACACCUUGUUUUGUAGAAUAGGAAAUAACUAUAUGCAGCUACCACCUAGAGAAAUUUUGGAAAGUGUUUGCAACAUGCUGCAACUAUGGCUUAAGAAUUUUUUUUUCUUAAAAAAAAAAUCUGUGAAGUCUAAUCCUUUGUAACAGCAUGUUUUAUGUGAACCUGUGGUCCUUUAUCUUAAGGCAAAUAGUUGAAUAUUAGUGUGUUCUUUCAAAAUUUUACAGAACUGCUUUGUUUGAAAGAUAAAUGUUUAUCUGGUCAAACUUUUAAUACCACAUCAAACUCAGAGUUGUAAUAAAUUCAACAACUAUUAACAACUAUAAAACAGUUGUUAUUUUCACAUGGCCCUGAAAUCAUCCACAUUUUAUUCCAAUCUAGAACUGUGUGUGUUCUCUCUUCUUUCAUGAUCAUCCAUGUUUGGAUAUGAAGUAAGAUCCAGAGUCAGUACUUGACUGAACAUAUAGUCAUCAUGCUGAAAAGAAGAAUCACACAAUUUAGAACAUCUCUGUUACUUGAAAUAAGCAUUUCAUAACUGACCAUGAGAUAUAAUAAGCUUGAGUCAGCCAAAGUUAUCUGCUAGCCAAGUCAUUAUCUGUGAUUACUUCAGAAGACAAAGUGGUUCAAAUCCAACAGCAGUUAUGUACGUAAUGAUUAACUGUAGUAGUUUUUAAGGUGCAAAUCAAUACUUUAACAAAAAACAGAAUUUUGUUAGAUAAUACAAACUAAGUAGUAAUUAAUUGUUACCUCUGGACACACUCCAAUCAAUGCGUCUGCUUUGGAAUAAAACUCUUCCUUUAAAGAAAUAA